CGUCAUCAGGGCGUGGCCGGGGCGGAAAAGCCGCUAUGGCGUAUCCGGGGCAGGGCUUCCCCGGCGCAGGACAGCCCCCCCCGGUCGGCCCUUACCCCGGGGGUCCCUACGGCGGGGGGCCACCCCCGGGACCCUACGGGCAGCCCCCACCCGGGGGUCCCUACGGAGCCCCCUACGGCGGCCCCCAGCCCGGGCCCUACGGCGGGGCAGCCCCGGGAGGGAAUGUCCCCCCAGGGGUGGAUCCCGAGGCGUUUUCCUGGUUCCAGACGGUGGAUACGGAUCACAGCGGGUUCAUCUCCGUCAAGGAGCUGAAGCAGGCGCUGGUCAACAACAACUGGUCCUCGUUCAACGAUGAGACCUGUCUGCUCAUGAUCAACAUGUUCGACAGGACGCGGUCGGGGCGCAUCGACGUCCACGGCUUCUCCGCCCUGCUGCGCUUCAUCCAGCAGUGGAGGAGCCUCUUCCAGCAGUACGACCGGGAUCAGUCCGGCUCCAUCAGCUUCGGCGAGCUCCAGCAAGCUUUCUCCCAGAUGGGCUACAACCUGAGCCCCCAGUUCAGCCAGCUGCUGCUGGCCCGGUACUCCCAGCGUUCCCCCAGUCCCAGCAUCCAGCUGGACCGGUUCAUCCACAUCUGCAUGCAGCUGCAGAGCCUGACCGACGCCUUCCGCGAGAAGGACACGGCGCUGCUGGGAAACGUCCGGCUCAGCUACGAGGAUUUCCUCACCAUGGUGGUGACCCGCAUGCUGUGACAGACCCCAAAGGAUGGGAAUUCUGGAGCUCUCCGGGAGCUUCAGCCGUCCUCAUCUUCCCUCUGGGAUGUGGCUGAGCACCCCACCACAUCUCCCAGAGUUUCCCCGGCUCGGGGCUGAAUUUCCAGCUCGAUCCACCCCGAAUCCUGCUGGGGUUUUCCUGGCUUGGAUUCCUCGCGUCCGUUCUGUGGGGGUCGGGAUGAACCCCGCGCCAAACUGGGGCAGCCAAACCAGCUUAGAGCCCGUGCCAGCCCCGAAUUCCAGCCUCAUCCCGAGGUGCCUGCAGCAGGACAUCCCCGUUUCGGGGAGGAAAAUGCUGAGAUUUGGGUUUGGAAGCAGCAGGGAAGGGGAAAAGUGAGGGCAAAGCUCCUUGCUUCCCUCUCUGAGUGUCCUGGGAUCGCAUCCCUGCGUUCCUGGGGGUCUCAGCCCCGUUUUCCGGGGGCUGCUGGAGUGGGAUGUGCUGCUGCAGCCCCACGGGAUCGUCCCCUCGCUGUUGCCAAUCCUGAAGCCAAAUCCAGACCAAGUUUAGAGCUCAGUUUUUCCAGCUAUGGAAUAAAAGGCGUCGUGCUCCA